AUGGUUCACAACUCAGACAGUGCCAAGUCUAAUCUUCUCUGUUCAGAGAACAGUAGCACCUGCUUCGAUGAUGAUUUGGAAUACGAUGGUGCAGAUGGGCCUAGAAUCUCGCAUUUCUGGGAUUACAGGAACCUUUACUCUGGACAUGAGGGUGGUGGUAGAUCAGAGGCAUUAGCAUGUAUUGUGGCGCAGAGUGAGGAAGCUGUCAGGGCUAUGGUGGAGAGAGAGAGGGAGCAUUUUCCGAAGGUUGAUUACUUGCAGAGGCUGAGGAGUGGGAAGUUGGACUUGGGUGUUAGGAGGGAAGCACUUGAUUGGAUUUGGAAGACUCACGCUUAUUUUGGCCUUGGACCCUUGAGUUUUUGUUUAGCUGUGAACUACUUGGAUCGCUUCCUGUCGGUUUUCGACUUACCGGUACAUCACAUUGCCUGA